AUGGGACGAACGCGGGGCGACCGACGCGGGUCGUGGGACCCGAGCGAUGACCGGGUGUUCUCGAGCGUCGCCGAGACGCUAGCGCGUGACGCGGGACCCGUCGAGGAGCUCGCGCGGCGCGCCGCCGAAUCGUUCGCGGCGCCGCUCGCGGCAUCCACCGCCGCGUUCCUCGUCACCGCGCGUCUCGCUCGACGGUCCGCGUACGCGCUGGGCGUGUCGUGCGCGACGCCGAUGGUGGGGGCGGUGAUGAGCGUCUGCGCGGUGGGUGGAUCCGCGGCGCUCGCGGGGCAGGCUGCGAGGGAGGCGACGUCGUGGGCGAGCGCGGGUCGGGGCGACGCGCGUGUCGGCGGGCGAGCGUCGUGGCUCUUUCCGUCGGGAUUCGGUCGCGCGCGCGCGGACGCGCCGUGGGACGAACGAGAGAUGACCGCGGACGCGAUACUCGGAUCGUUGAUGUACGCCGCGCUCGGGCGCGGCCUGAAGACGGCGAUGCCGAGCGACGUGAGCCACCCGGGGGCGAUGGCGCGGAAGUCGCUGCCGGCGAACGGCGCGCAUUACGCCAGCGAGGGGCAGAAGAGGACCCUGGCUCGGUGGAUGGCCAGGCACGGAUGCCACCACUGCGGGACCAAGGUGGGAGCGGUCAUCGGGGACCACAUGCCGCCGAACAAGGUCGCGUUCGGGUCGAGCGCGGCGGCGGAGGCGUUCAGGGAGGGCACGCAAUCCCUCUGGACCCGCGCGUGGCAAGCCGUCGGGGGGGUGCCCAAGCAGCGAUUCUUUCCGCAGUGCCGCGGGUGCAGCGACCUGCAGUCGGUGGCGGUGAGGACCGGGGUGAAGAAGCUGGUGAUGCACGGGGGCGGAGUGAAGAUUGGCGCGGUGGUGGCGGGGUGCGUCGCGGCGAGGCACUACGCCAUGGCGCGUCACCCGGAGGAAUACGCCAAGUGGGAGGCCAAACUGGAGGAGCUCAAGUUUCGGUUCGCUCCGUGA